AUGACAGAGCUCAUUCGAGAUACCGUAUUCGGUCACCUUGUCCGUUUAGUCACACAUAACAAAUAUCUGCAGUACGAGGAAGAGAAGGAUCCGUCACUGUUGAGACGCUACAUUGACGUCGAAAAGUCGGGGAACGUUGCACACCACAGCCACGCUGGUCCACCCGGCGAAGACUCGGACGACGAGCCCCUGCGAACCAAGUCAAGAGACGAGAGGCAAUCGGACGCUUCAUCGAGAACCCGCGUCCCGGACGAUGGGUACCAGUACAACGAGGCCAGCGGCGUGAGGAUCGACCCUGAAAAGGGACGAGACAUACACGUCGUUUCGUGGUGGGGACCCAAUGACCCCGAGAACCCGCAAAACUGGUCGUUGCCCAAGAAAUUCUUCGUCACGUUUGAGAUAUGUCUCCUCACGUUCAGCAUCUACAUCGGAUCAGCCAUCUACAGCGCCGGCGAGAUGUCGGUGGAGAAAACAUUCGGCGUCAGUCAAGUCGCAGCCACUCUGGGCCUGACACUGUUCGUGGCAGGCUACGGCAUAGGACCAAUGAUCUGGUCACCAAUGUCCGAGAUCCCCAUGAUCGGCCGCAACCCCGUCUACAUCGGCACGCUAAUCAUCUUCGUCAUCUUUCAAGUGCCGACCGCCCUCUCGGUCAACUUCGGCAUGCUGCUCGCAUUCCGCUUCCUGACGGGCUUCUUCGGGUCGCCGGCGCUCGCCACCGGCGGCGCUAGCAUCGGCGACAUGUACAAGCCGAGCAAGCGGGCCUACGGCAUGGCGAUCUGGGGUAUUUCCGCCGUGUGCGGCCCGACCAUGGGCCCGCUUGUGGGCGGCUUCGCCGCGCAGGCAGAAGACUGGACCUGGACCAUCUGGGAGCUCAUGUGGCUCUCGGGCUUCUGCCUCGUGUUCUUGGUCUUUUUCCUGCCCGAGACCAGCUCCGCUAACAUCCUGUACCGCCGUACCCGCCGCCUGCGCAAGCUCACGGGCGACGAGCGCUUGAAGUGUGAGCCCGAGAUUAUGGCUGAAAACAUGUCGGGCAAGGAUGUCAUCAUGAUGUCACUGGUCCGUCCCUUAACACUCAACUUCACAGAGCCCAUGGUUUUUAUAUUAAACCUAUAUAUUGGACUUGUCUACGCCCUCUUAUAUUGCUGGAUAGAGAGCUUUUUUAUUGUAUUCGUUGAAAUCUACCAUUUCAACCUCGGGGAAGAAGGGCUCAGCUUCCUGGGCAUCCUAAUCGGGGCGAUUCUAGUCCUACCACCAUUUUUCGCCUACCUCUACUUCAUCCAAGAAAAACAGUUCAACGAAAACGGCGAGAUCCAGCCGGAGAAGCGCCUGCCCGCCGCGUGCGUCGGCGCCUUCUUCAUCCCCAUCUGCCUGUUCUGGUUCGGGUGGAGCGCGGGCCGCACGCACUGGAUCGUGCCCAUCGUCGGCUCGGCGUGGUUCGCCGUCGGCACGGUGCUGCUCUUCAACUCGGUGCUCAACUACCUCGCGGACGCGUACCCGGACCACGCUGCUUCGGUGCUGGCCGGCAACGACUUUAUGCGCUCGGCGUUUGGCGCGGGCUUCCCGCUGUUCGCGACCGCUAUGUACAAGACUCUCGGCGUCGGCUGGGCCAGCAGUCUCCUCGGCUUCCUCGCCGUCGCGUUCAUCCCUAUUCCCUUUGCGCUGUGGUUCUAUGGCGAGCGCCUGCGCAAGAUGAGCAAGCAUGCGCGGAAGGACUUUUAGAUUUGCGGUUUUGACUAGAUCCCCGACCCCGCUCCCCUUCCUUUUUGGAUUUUUGUUGUUUUGUUAUGGGAGGGGGAGAAGGGUGGGGGAAGAGGAAAGGAUGGCAUAUUUAAAUGAUUGACGCAAGAGCAUGGUACAUACGACACGCUUAGCAAGCGUG